AUGGCCUCACACAGGCCUAGGUCCAUCUCACUACCGCCAACAUGGUCUCACUUUUCUCGCCCCUGGCCUCAUGAAUAUUCACCCCUUACGGGAUCAAGGACUAUUCGGCUCUUAUUCCUCGAGCCUCAGUCUUUAGACCACACCCGCCACUUCAUUACCGGUCGUCUGGAAGUCGUCAACCUCGAGGACUUUGAGCGCAGAUAUGUUGCGCUGUCGUAUACUUGGGGCCCGGCCAUUCGCGAGGGGUCUGCCGAACCGGAUGAUACAAGUCGCAUUAUUCCCCCUUGUGAAUUGCUUAUAGCGACGAAUCAGAAAAAGUGUUCACUGGACGACUGCCAUCUUGGAGAAGAGCCGGGGUCCACACCGAAGCACGCACCCGACUACAGCAGCAUAGAGCUGGCACCCAACCUGUCCGAUUACUUCACAUACCAUGCCGCAUGGCACAUCAAACAGCGCGUGCCAUUAUGGAUCGAUGCCAUCUGUAUUAACCAGCAGGACCCAGCCGAGGUCGCAGAGCAGAUCCUCCUCCAAGCCGACAUCUACACCAUGGCGAGACAGACCAACGUCUGGCUCGGGGCAUGCCAAAAGGACAUGUCCAAGUUCCAGUGGUGGCAUGACACCGUGUACCAAGCAUUAGUCCAAGAGCGCAGCCGCCACCGCCAGUCUCCAUACAUACUGGACUUGAUAUUCAAGACUGGAGACCUGCUCAACCCCCAAUUCUGGCUCGACAAUUUCAACCUCUCACCCCCGAGCGGGUCGACCUGGAACGACCUCUGGAGGUCGUACGUGGAUUUCUUCUUUGCGAGGCGGUGGUUCUCGCGCCUCUGGACGAUCCAGGAAGUCAUGCUUGCCCAGAAGGUAUACAUGCUCUGCGGACCGAGACUCUUCAACUUCAGCGACGUCCUAAACCUGGACCGCUGGCUGCUGUCCUCGUUUUUCCGCGCCAAGCAGAAUCCCGACCCAAAUGGCGGCGGCCAGGACGAACCGGUCUGGCCGCGGUGGAACCCGGGGUACAUAUUCGAGAUCAUCCGCACGCGCAUCAACCACGUCCAGCUGCAGGCAUUCGCCUCCGACACCACCACCACCAGGGACGAGGUCUCGUCCGUAAGACUGUCCUACCUCCUGGGCAUCCUGCAGUGCGCGCGCGGCCAGGAGACGACGUUCCCCCGUGACAAGGUCCUUGGCCUGCUGGGGGUCGCGACCCGCUUCGUGCCUAAGAAUAAGGUCCAGCUGCUCGUGCGGGACCUUGGGGGUAGUGAUCGGGAUGUUUUUGUGUCGUUUGCGAGGUAUUAUGUUCACAGGCGGUGCUUGGAUAUACUUUCUUAUGCGGGACAUCGGCAUGGUGGUUCUGCCCAGGGGGCGUUCUGGCCGUCGUGGGUCCCUAACUGGGACGAUGUGUCGCAGAGUGGAUUUCAUGAGUUUUCGUCUUCUGGUGGCGAGGGGCAGUCGUUCGCAGGUCGGCAUGAUACGGGAGCCCCUCAAAACCCUGCCAUCUCGGACGAGGACUACAGAGGACGGCUAGAUGGUUGCCUUCCCCGGGCAGUUGGCGAGACUCUUCACCUAUACGGCGUCCGCAUUGGUGUCAUUGCCGAGGCAUAUGCGAAGGACGAAUGGACUCGGAAUAUCAAAUCACUCUUAACCAUCCUGGGAUCUAGGUACUGUCUCACCGGGGAGCCGAUCCAGAGAGCCUUACUCGGGACAAUAUUCCGGAUCGCUGAUGACUCGCCCGGGUCGCUACGGAGCCGCUUAGACGACAUCGCUCAGUUUAUGCAGUAUCUCUUGACUAAAUUGAUCCUCCACGGCAGGACCAACUCCCACUUCGCAGAGGACUUGGCGGCCUUGUUGACAUCGCAGCCCUCGAUGCACACAGACUUAUCCUCGACUAUUCGGGACGCCUUGGCCGUUAUAAACGAGUUGGCCGGGACUGAAGCUAGCGUCAAUUCACCAGCAGACUCACGCAUUGGAAUCCCAACGUACUACCACGGCAGCACACACGCAGCGCACCAGUCGUUUUCGAUCGAGGUGGAAGUAAUGCAAAAGAUUUUCAACAUAUUCGUCACUGGUGAGGGGGUGCUCGGAAACGGGAGCAAGUCUAUCAGGCCUGGAGAUGAGAUAUGGGUCGUCAGGAACGGGCCUGUGCCUCUUGUUUUGGAACGAGACGUCGACGGCGGACAAAGGUUCAGGCUUGUCAGUACGGCGUAUGUGCAUGGUGUCAGAUAUGACGAGGUAUUCACGGGUAAAACAGCUGAGGAUAUGACAGAGCUCCGAAUUAUAUGAGAUGACCUGCUUCAUUGGCCCCAGGUGGCUAGCCAGGGCUAUGUUCUGG